UGUAAUUUUGAGAGAAGUUUUUGUCUGACAUGGUUUAAGAUUGGAUUCACUUUUGGACCUUUUACCACUUGAAGUCAACUCCUCCCCCUAUAUAUAUAUAGCAAUGGACAAAGAACAACAAAAUUACUCUGCAGGUCUCCCUGCCAGUUUUACAACCUUAGAUUACACUCUAGAUCAUCAGCAUCAACAGCAACAGCAGCAGCAGCAGUUCAUUAAACCGCGUUUCGAAGAAAAUUCGGGUAACAGCAACACAGGAAUGGUGGAUUACAUGUUGAACAAUCCUCCUCCUCAACAAUCAUCACCAGGUUUCUGCAGUGUUUCUUCUCUAGACAGAUUAAGCUUCGCCGACGUGAUGCAAUUCGCCGAUUUCGGACCUAAGUUGGGCUUAAAUCAGACCAAGAUCUCAGAUGGAGAGAAUGGAAUUGAUGACCCAGUUUACUUCCUCAAGUUUCCAGUUUUGAGUGACAAAUUGGAGGACCAUAGUCUCAUGUUUCAAGGUGGUAGUAUGGAAAGUAUGGCAAAAGUGGCUGAAGAAGAAGAGGAAAGGGAGGAAGAAGAAGGAGGUCAGGUUUCUGAGAACACAUCAUCGGUGCCGCGGCUUCGAAUUCUUGGAGGAAGCCUUCAGAAAAACCCUAGUGGUGAAGCAACCAAAAACAAGCGAAAGCGGCCGAGGAGUAUCAAGACAAGUGAAGAGGUUGAGAGCCAAAGGAUGACUCAUAUUGCAGUUGAACGCAAUCGAAGGAAGCAGAUGAAUGAGCACUUGAGAGUCUUGAGGUCUCUCAUGCCGGGUUCUUAUGUUCAAAGGGGAGAUCAAGCAUCAAUUAUUGGUGGUGCAAUUGAGUUUGUGAGAGAAUUAGAGCAACUACUUCAAUGUUUAGAGUCUCAGAAGAGGAGAAGACUCUAUGGGGGCAAUGGUGAGGCUCCAAGACCUAUUAUAGAAGAAUCUCCUCUACCAAUUCCACAGCCUCAACAACCACAAUUCUUUCCUUCUAUCCCUCUUCCUAAUGAUCAAAUCAAGCUUACAGACUUCGAUACCGGAGUACUCCGCGAGGAAACAUCAGAAAAUAAAUCUUUCUUAGCUGAUGUUGAAGUUAAGCUUUUAGGUUUUGAUGCCAUGAUUAAGAUCCUUUCUCAAAGAAGACCAGGACAGCUUCUUAAGACGAUAGCGGCUCUCGAAGAUCUACAACUUAGUAUUCUUCACACCAAUAUCACUACCAUUGAACAAACAGUUCUGUAUUCCUUUAAUGUCAAGGUUUCAAGCGAAUCGAGGUUUACAGCAGAUGAUAUUUCGAAUUCGGUUCAACAAAUAUUCAGUUUCAUCCAUGCAAGCAGCACCAACAAUACCAUAUGA